GGUCAUUUCUCCUGAACCCCGAGCCGCGAUAAAGAGCAGAAGACGGCGUUGUGAGGAGGAGAGUUUCAGUCUGAGUUCACCUCUCGUUUCUUCUGAGCGCCACAGAGGCUGGAACUUUUCUGUGGACACAAAGUCAGGAUGUCAGAUGUUUCUGUGAAUGACCACCUUGAGGGGAUAUUGUCUGAUUUUGAGGCCCUGAAGAGGUCCUUUGAUAUUGAUGAUGUUGAUGAGAUCCCUACGUUCUCCCCAACCUCGUCAGUCACAUCCCCCAUCAGUCCGAGCUCCAUCCUCAGCAAGGCCGGCGAGGUCAGAAGUGCGGGCAACCACAUGUCCCCGACAUACCGCUCACGGAUCAGCCUGAACUCCAGCCCUGCUCAAAGCCCUGCCAUGAAGAACCGGAUGGUGUCUAGUCUGUCCUUCAAUCGAGGGACCAUGGGAAAGCCCACCAUCAACUCCAACACCGGGAUCAACCGUGCUGCCUCCUUCCAGAACAAAUUCAAUCCCAAUGGUUUUAAUUCUUGUUCAGGACCUGGCAGUGACAACGACAGCCUUCAUAGUUCCUCCUCCAGUCUGGAAUACCAGGCAUCGUCCAAACUGAGCUCCUACACCAGCCCACCACAAAGUCCCAUGGGGGUGGGUGAGUACAAGGCCCAGCGCUUGGGAAGCCCUGCCUUGAAGAAGUUCUCUUCCCAUGGGAACAUGUUCCACUCAGAGCUAGAGGGUCCAUUAGUGAUCCCCACAGAGCCUUUGGGUAUCAGCCAUGGCUCCAUGCCCUCACUGGAUCUUCAGAUGGCUGAGAGUGGAGGAAUGAGACAAGCAGUGUCACCUGGAUCAAGAUUCCCUCAUGCUCCUGUAACAUGGAGUGCUCAUCGUCUCCACAACAACAGCACUGUUGGGAAGGAUUCCUCCAUCAACCACCAGCCCCCAAAAACCAAGGAACCUGCUCGACUCAACAAGUUCCCCCUUGAUCUUGACAACCUUGUGGUCAAGCCCCAGACACCAGAGGGGCCUGUGCCACCAAGACCACCUCCAAGAUUUCACCCAGUGUCCACCAGUCCCACUAUAUCUGCCAGCCCUUCUGCUUCUGUCAGCAGUUUAGACAGCACUGAUCUUCCCAUGGUUCACAACUACACUGCAGAGAAGCGUGAGCCUGUCACAUCUCCUGGAGCCAUCCCGGUUCCCAACAUCAGUGAAUCUCCUGUGCUGCUCUCCCCAGCCCAGACGCCUCGCUUCAACCUGGCCUCUCAGCCUCAGGUGGUCCAGAUUGCUCCUGCUACAUCACCUCCACCCACACAGGUCAACAUCGUCAGCAGUACUUCACGCAAUGAGUCUCCGGCCAAGGAGAGUGUGGGCUCCAUCCUUCAGAGGAUUGCCUCGUUCUCCAGAGGGGAAGCAAAAGUGCCAAUGCCCAGCCCAAGCCCUAUCACCCCCCUCAGCAACGGAAUCAAGAGAGAGUCCCCGGCUGUACAACACAAAGAAUUCAAGAGAUCAGAAGACACGGCGCAGGAGCUGGACUCGGAGCUGGAGUCGCCCGUCCGGAUGGAGGAGGAGAGCGAGGUGGAGCUUCAGGUGGAGGAGGAGGAGCCAGAGGUGAUGAAGCAACCGGAGCAGCCGCCGCCCUGCCUCAGCGAGCCGAACACGCAGGGCAUCAUCAAAGGCAGCGACCUGUUUGGCUACGUGGGCAUCGAGGCUGUGCUGGACCAGAUGAGGCGCUAGACCAUGAAGGCUGGCUUUGAGUUCAACAUCAUGGUGGUCGGUCAGAGUGGCCUGGGGAAGUCCACGCUGGUGAACACGCUGUUCAAGUCCAAGGUCAGCCGCAAGUCCUGCACUCCAAACUAUGAGGAGAAAAUCUCCAAGACCGUCCACCUCCAAUCCGUGAGCCACAUCAUCGAGGAGAAGGGAGUGAAGAUGAGGCUGACUGUGAUUGACACGCCUGGAUUUGGAGACCAGAUCAACAAUGAGAACUGCUGGGAGCCCAUUGUGAAGUACAUCAACGAGCAGUAUGAGAAGUAUCUGAAGGAGGAGCUGCACGUCAACAGGAAGCGAAGAAUCCCUGACACCCGCGUUCACUGCUGCGUCUACUUCCUGCCGGCCACGGGACACUGGUUGCGCCCUAUCGAUGUGGAGUUCAUGAAGAGGCUGGGGAACAUUGUUAGCAUCGUGCCUGUUAUCGCCAAAGCAGACACGCUGACCAUGGAGGAGAGACUAGAGUUCAAACAGAGGAUAAGACAGGGCCUGCAGGCCAAUGGGAUCAGAGUUUAUCCACAGAAGGAAUAUGACGAGGACGCUGAGGAGCGGAUACUUAAUGACAGGAUCAGGGAAAGCAUCCCGUUCGCAGUGGUGGGAACAGACAAGGAGCACCAGGUGAACGGAAACAAAGUCUUGGGCCGAAAAACCAAAUGGGGAAUCAUAGAAGUUGAAAAUGUUGCGCAUUGUGAAUUUGCCCACUUGAGAGAUCUGCUUAUUCGGUCCCACCUGCAAGAUUUGAAGGACGUCACCCACAACAUCCACUACGAGACGUACCGGGUGAGGAGACUGAAUGAGAGCAAUGCCAAUGGACUGGGCCUUUCUGCUCUGAGCCUGGAGAACGGUACCGCGGAGAAGAGCGAGGCCGAGAGCCAGCUCUGAGCCGAGCCCGACAGGGGGGUUUUUCACCCACUCCUCACCUCAGUCGAGACCUGCUCCGGACCCCCACUCCGGAGAGAACAUUUCAUUUCAAAGAAAAGCCAGAAACUUUUUGACCGGAGUCGCGGAGAACGUUUCAGACUAAAGACAUUCGUGCGCAGUAAAGGCAUUUAAACUUCAUAUACGAGUCUAUUUUUUAAAGGAGUCUAUAUUAUGGGUCGGGUUUUUUGCGGGGAGGAAAAAAAGAAAAGUCUGAGAAAGAAAACGAUGAUGACGACGACGACGUUGAUGAUGUGAAGAAGUAAGUCGAGAUGAAAGGCGUGCGAGAAAAGGAGCAAUGGAAGAUUUGGAUCUCCCUUGCAAGCUGGUUUACUCCUACUUUAACCGCUCAUUUAGGCCUUUUUAUGAGAGGAAGUGAAAUUAGACCUAUUUUUGUUACCGUGCUUGCUUUUGGAUGUUUCUAACUCUAGCUUUUUUUUUUUUUUUUUACAAGGAAGAAUCGCUGUGAUGAUGUUUUGAUAUGUAAGAGCAAUAUUACCAAAAAAAAAGAUUUUAUUUUAACCCCGUUUAGGUCUUUCUAUCGAUGCAGAAAGCAAAGCGAGUGACCUUCUCAAGUGUCCUGAAGGAGCAGCAUAUAGCGUAGAACCUGUUCACUGUCCGAACUGCUUUUCUAAAAGGUACCAUGUAUUUGCGUUCACUGUCCGUCAUUAGAAUCGUGAAUAACUCCGACGUGCUGCAUCUCUGACUGUCUGCUCCGCAUGAAAGCUACUGUACAUACCCGAAUUUUGUCUUCUUGUUUUUUUUUCUCUGCCUCUUUUUUUUUAUUCAACAUGUACUAACAGCUCCAUCAUGUGAUGGUCUAAGUAUUAUUAACCAUGUAAACACCAUUGAUUUGAUUAAAUGAUUGUCACUGUUUA